UUGAUGUAGACACGUCUCACAUGUUGCUGAAAGAUUCGCCUGUACCAGUGAUUUCUGAUCCGACCACACCUGGUUCAGCGUUUACGCAGCUAUUUCCGAUGGUGAAUCCAAGUCUAGUCGGAGGCACGGCCAAUUGCUCGUCGUCAUCAUCGGCUUCCACAGCGACAACCGCUGUCGCAGCGGUCCCCACCGCCACAGCCUCCGCCUCUGUCUGCUCGUCGUCUUCGUCAUUGCCAUCAUCUACCGCCGCUGCUGCUGCUGCAGCUGCCGCCGCCGCCGCUGCCUUCCCCGGUUACCUAGCUGUUAGGGGUAAUGCGACGCUGGGUAAUGUUCUUUUCUUUGUCUUGUUAUUGCUUUUACUUUUUUUGAUGCACGAAGCGCAAAAUUUUCUCUAACG